AUGAUAUCAGAGCCUGAAGAAAACGAGACCAGACAGGCCAGGAAAUCCGAGGUCGAGCAGUGUAGUCAGGAUUUUGUUGCCGUAGAUGUGGACGAAACGGCUCCAUCAGCAAUUAAGCAAGAACUAGAGAGGCUACACGAGCGACGCCCGGACAGUCUCGAGUCCAAUGGAGCAGCAGAAGGCAGAGUUUGCAGAGUGUGCCAUCUUCCACUCGAGGCCGAUGUCUCGAUCGAGCUCGGCUGCUCCUGCAAGAACGAGCUAGCGGUCGCUCAUCAACGCUGUGCAGCGACGUGGACAUGCGAGAUAUGCGGCCGGGCCGCCGAGAACGUAAGCUUUGAUCGCGCCAUCGCUCGAAGACCCGAUCAUCUCGUCAUGAGCGUGGAGCUCAAUGUGGAGAUGCAAGAGGAGAACUCCUACACCGUCAAGCGUGCUCUUUGCAACUUGCUGCUGUCGCUGUGCGUGGUUAUCCCGUUCUUACCGUGGCUCUUCCGGGUACAUUUGCUCAAGCUAUAA